CCGCAGUCCAAGUGGGUCGUUUGAUUCGUUGCCUGCACCCUUCUGCUGCGUCCUGGCCACGAGGAACUUGGCUGGGCACCGAAACGCAAGCAGCCGUGCCGUGCUAUACAUAGCCGUUUAUAUUUUGUGCUGCCCGAUCAUGCACCAACACCCGCAGUGGCCACGAGAAUAAAGCGUUGGCGCAAGCUGGACUGGAGCCCGGAGCAGAAAGCUCGGAGCACAAGGCAGUUUGUCUCGUCUUGUCACUUUUCGUUCUUGUCCAGUCCAGCCCAGCCCCAGCCACGACGUCGAGCUGGAUCCACUGCCAAAUCGCUAACGCGCUUCAAUCGACCGAAUCCGCCGGCUCCAUUGCCGCUGCCCAUGCCAGACCGCUCUGCGCUACCCCCUAGAAGCACUCACAGAAAAGGCUCCAUCCGUGCCUAGGUUACUACCGUUGCCCACGGCCAGGCUCGUGCCACCAGCCACCCCAUUCAAAGCCGCCGCAUCUCUCCCCAUCUGGGCGGCUAACCCGCCCUCUGAUCCUUUGGAUGUCAUCGCCGUCCCUGGCUGGCGCUGCAUCGCCAUGAACGGACUGCCGAACCAAGAAGACCGCCGCUGGCGCCUGCUCAGCCUCGCCAAGGAAUGGAAGAUCCCGACGGGCGCCCUGCCGUCGGCGGCCCGACCACCGGAGCCACCGCCAUGGCCGGAGCCGCCGGGUCCCAACGACGAUUUUAUGGCUGAGGAGCUCCUGAAGCGCCACAGGCUCGCUACUGACCCGGCCCAAUCCCCACAGGGCGGUCGUCGACUAUCAUUCAUGGGCAGUAGCAAAAAGAAAAGCUGGGAUCUCUCGGAAAUCUCUGAGACUCUUGACGCCCAUGUCUCCGCUGCCGGGCCGCCGGCCGUCGCCCACGCGCUCAUCAAGAAGCUGCAGGCCGGCGGCGGCAACGUCAACGUUUCUGUUCCCAAGGGCAAGACCACCCUUUUGAAUAGGAGAAAGAGUCUCGGCAGUAGUGAGCGCAGCCGCGUCCUUCAGAGGGCCGUACAGAACCAGCAGGCCGACAUGGUGGCCGUGCUCGUCCAGUACGCAGACCCCUUGACGCUCGACGCUGCCCUGCCAAUGGCCAUCCGCAGCGGCAACCAGGCCAUCAUCCAGUCACUGCUGGCCCAUGGCGCAAGCAUAUCACAGAGCUCCGAGGGCCUCGAGAUUUUCCACCAGCUGAGCGCUGCUGGUGGACAGGCCGACAUGGCGGCGCGGCUCUUGGCGUCCAACGGCCGACCACCACCAGUCACGGUCUCCCGGGCCAUGGUGGCUGCCACCCAGAAGGGCUGCCUCGACACCGUCCUCCAGCUAAGCCGCUCCACGGCGGACGGGAACUACGACGGCGGUGCUGCCCUCAAAACGGCCAUUGCUCAAUGCCGCGGCGACAUUUGCCUGGCUAUUCUGACGGGCGCCAAGCCUCCCGCCGGCCCCUGCUUGAGCGAGGCCUUCACGCAGCUGUUUUCUCACCCAACCAUCAUCCCCAACGAGAAGCUGGCGCUUGCCGAGAUGCUUCUCUGCGCCGGCACCGAAGGCGAUGCGGUCUCGGAGGCGCUGAUCCAGGCCGCCGCUACCGAGUUCUUCGACAUGGUCCAGCUGCUGAUAGAAUACGGAGCCUCGGUUGAGUAUGAAUAUGCAAAAGUCUUGCGCACGGCGAUAGCACACGGAAGGGCUAGUUUGGUGCCAUUACUACUCAAUGACACCACAACACUCAGCCCAGCAUGCGCCUCAGAGUGCGUGCUAAAAAUCCCCAGGCGAAUCACCUCGGAGGAGCGCUGUACGCUUCUCUCAGCACUGCUUCGCAAGGGAGCAGGAGGGCCGCCUCUCAGCGAAGCCCUCAUUGCCGCCGCCGAAGACGUCGAUGCCGAAUCCGUCAAGCUUCUCCUUUCACCGUACUUCCCCGGCGACCCGGGACGCCUCGAGCCAGAGCACGACGUCAGACGAGGUUCUCGCGGCCUUAUCCGCGACAAGCACGACGUGGCGUCGGUCGAUCACAAAGCCGGACAGGCCCUGCGGCUUGCUGUCAUGACCAGGAGCGUGGCGGUCGUGAAGCUGAUCCUAUCCGCCAGGCCACUCGCAGAAACGCUGACAGCCGUGUUCCCUACGGUGAUGACGCUGCCGCCAAUCGACCGCUACCAGAUUGCAAAGCUAUUCCUGUCUGCCGGGGUCAGGGGCUCAUGUGUUUCCCAGGCGCUGCAGGGCGCCAUCGAGGAGCAUCCGCCCAAGCGAGACGAGCGAUUUAUCUCCCUCCUGCUGCAACAUGAUGCCGACGUGAACUUCAACAGUGGCGCCGGCAUCAUCUCGGCCGUAGCCCACGAGGAUGUGCCUCUGCUCAAGACUCUCCUUCAAAGCCAACCCUCGCCGCAAACAACAGUGACCGCCGUCUCUAAAGCUAUGCUAUCUGCCGACGUCGACACCCGCUUCAAGAUGAUAUCAGCCCUCCUUGCAAACUACACUCCAAUCCUGUUGAGUAAUGAGACUGCAGAGGCGUUGAUCAUUGCUCUGCAGGAAAACCCAGUAGACAAGGAGCUGGUGGAAGUGCUGAUAAAGCAAGGCUGCGCCAAUAUCAAUUUCAACUCGAGCGCGCCAUUCAUACUUGCUGUCCGGCAACCAGAAUUUGAGGUGGUGGACCUCAUGUUGCGUGUUGGGAAGCCAACGCAGGAGACACUUGAACGCGGACUUCACAAAUCCGCCGGCCUGCCCUCGACACCGGACAAGGCCCGCAAGAUGGAGGCCAUUCUGGCACGGAUGGAAAAGAAGGGCUCGGCCACCGGCCUCCUCGUGGCUGAAGUCACGGCAGUCGUGAACACGCCGCCAGAACAGCGCGCCUUCUCGGGUGUCAAGGCUCUGCUAAAGGCCGGAGCCGACGUCAACUUUCAAAAAGGACGCUGCCUGUGUGUCGCUAUUAAGGGUAGAGACACUCAGCUCGUCGAUAUAAUCUUCGCCGCGCGGCCUAGCCCCGAGUCUAUGGCUACCGCCAUGCCCUGUGCCGUCAACAUCACCGACCCGAUGGACCGGCUGGCUUUCACGCAGAAGCUUUUGGAGGCUGGGGCGCCGGCGAAAGAGGCGAAUCGGGCGCUCGUACACGCUGUUAAGGACAGGACCGAUGACUUGCCCCUGAUCAACCUGCUGGCUGGCAAGGCGGACAGUACGGACGGUGAGGCGCUGACGCUGGCGAUCAAGAGGGAGAGGCCUGAUAUUGUCGAGCUUGUACUCAUCAAGACGCCAACGAAGUACGACGUCGCGGUGCUCAACGAUUUGCUGACUGAGGCCAUGCAAAUGAAGAACCUGGAUAUGAGAAAGGGCGUCUGCCAGAUGCUCCUACACGCAGGGGCAUCAGGCCUGGCGGCGUCGGAAGCCCUCCUCGUUGCAGCCUCUACUGGAGACGUCAUGCUUGUCAGCACCCUCGUCUACGCCGGGGCGAGUAUUGAGCACAAGGAAGGACAGGCGGUUGUCGAGGCCUGUCGGUCGGGCUCGCACGAGGUUCUCAAGAUCCUUCUCUCAUCACCCGCAACAAUCGAGAAGCAGACGCUGCUCAGGGGCUUCCAGGCUUCGACGUCGAUUGCCGACCUGCAAAAGCGCUGCGCUGUUUUCCGUCUGCUGCUCGAGAAGGGGGUCACGGGCGAAGUGGUUGACGCCGAGCUGGUGUCGGCGGUGAAAUACGGCGACAAGGGCAUCAAUCUCGUUCGGCUCCUCCUGAAGUGGGGUUGCAGCCUGGAUCACAACAGAGGCGAGGCCAUCUGGACGGCAACACGCAGCGCCUUCCUCGGAAGCCUGCGCAUCAUGCUCGGGCUAGGGGACGUCGGCGGAAAGCAGAAGCGCCCGUCCCACACGACCAUGAUCCAGUCCCUCAAGGCUAGCUGGCGGCUCGCCGCGGGCCUCCGUUACGAGGUCAUCGAAAUGCUUUUCGAGGCCGGGCUGCCCGUGGGUGAGGAUGUCGAGGUCGGGCUUACCAAGGCUGUCAACGACGAGGAGCAUGUCGACCUGAAGCUGGUACGGCUGCUGCUUGAGAAGGGCGCCUCGCCGACUACCAACGCGUGUCGAGCGCUGUGCGACGCGACGCAGAAGCUGUUGCGUCCCGUCGUUGACCUCUUCCUCGAGCGCGAGAUCUCUCCCGAGGAUCUGUCGUGGACCUUUGCGCAAGCCUUCAGUCCCGCCAGCACGCAUAUCUGGCUCUCCGAGGACGGACUCGAAGUCGCCAAGUGCUUCCUGGGCAAGGGUGCGCGGGGUGAUGGCAUCUCUUCUGCCCUUGCCUCUGCAAUCGACGCAUAUGGGUCUGAGAGGGACGGCAUCGCCCGGCAGUUCGCCGAGCUCCUUCUCGCCUCGGGUGCCGACGUGAGCUUUGAUUCCGGGCAGGCGCUCCAGAUGGCGGCGAGAGCCGGCGAUGUCGAGCUUAUCCAGCAGCUGCUGGAGCAGAAGCCAACUCCCCAGGCGGUUUCCAUGGCAUUACCGCACGUAUUCGACCUGCAGCUCCCCGAGGACAAGGCUCUAGAGCUCGUCUCUCUCUUUGCCCAAUUCAGGGACGGGGAGGUGGGACUAGAUGUUGUGACAGUCCAGCCAGAUUCGGAGCCCGUGGUAUUCAAGGCGCUGGAUCGGUACCCUAGGUCCACCAAGAUGGUGCAGACUUUGCUGGACGCCGGUUAUUAUUUCGACAGAAUGACGACGGCGCGUGUCGCCGACGACGCCGAGGAAGAGCAAGUCAGCCUACUGCUCUGGGCUCUGCUGCAGCCUCAAAAGAGGAUCAGCAGCGCCGUCAUCCUGCAGCUCAUUGAAAACGGCGCCAAAGUGGACUUUGAGACGUCGGAGACCAAGACGACGCCGCUCAUGGUGGCUGUCAGGAACAAGCGGCUCGACCUCGUUCGGGCACUAAUCCUAGCGGACCCGGAGGUGGUCAACAUAACAGACACUACGGGCAACACUGCGCUCACGCUGGCAACCCAAAUAGGUGGCGAGGUGGGGACAACCAUGAUGACGUCCAUCCUGGCGGCGGAGCCAUCAAAGGACGACGGGUCUCUGCACAAUGCGGCGCGCGAGCUGGACGUGCGCGCGAUGCAGGUGCUCGCCGAAUUCGGGCACGACAUCGACUUCCCCAGCCCCUUGCACGGCGGCCGCAGCGCCCUCGGCGAGAUCUGCCUACACGCGGCCGACAUUCCCCUCACGCCGGCGCGCGAAAAGGCCAUGGAGAAGGCCAUGGCGUUCCUGAUGGAGCAGGGCACAGACCCAUCCAUCCGGCUGGAGGAAAAGUCGGUGCUGCUCCUGGCGCUCGAGUCGCAGGAGCCCGUGACGACGGCCAGGGCGCUACUCAAGGUGGGCAUGUGGAAGCACAUCAACAAGCCCUUCAACAACUAUACGGACGGGCGAUUCACGUACUCGCCAACCGAGUACGUGGCGCGCGUCAUGACGAGCGCGCGGCUGGGCGGCGAGGCGAAUCGGGAGCAGCUGCUGGCGUUGCUCAAGGCCAACCGGGCGGCGAGUGUCUUCUACGCCAACGAUGGGCCGCAGCCCGAGGGUGCUCAGGGCCUGCCGGACGAGCUGCUGCGGGCGGAGCGGGAGCGGCGGGCGCUUGCGGAGCGGCAGCGGCUCGAGCGCGAGGACCACCAGGGCGUCCUGGUGCGGACCGAUGAGAUGGCGGCGCUGCAGAACCGCAUCGCCGAAGAGAAGGCGGCGGUCGAGGACGCGCGCGACCGGCGGCGGCGGGCCGACAAGCUCGAGGCCAUGCGCGAGUGGACGGCGGCCGAGGAGGAGGCAUUCGCGCGGCGGGUGGCGGCGCAGCGGGCCGAGCGCGAGGCCGCGCUCGACCACGCCCGGCUCGCGGCCGAGUCGGAGCUCGAGAAGGCGCGGCUGCUGGCCGACACCGAGGUCGAUGCCGAGGCGCGCAAGCAGCGGCGCCAGAUCGAGUACCGCAAGGCCCUAGGCGAGGAGCAGGUGGCGGCCGAGCGCAACCUGUCGGCCGUCCGCGCCGCCGAGCGCGACGAGCUCGCCCACCACGAGGAGCGGUCCGACGGCCGCGCCCGCGCCCGCAUCGCCCAGCAGCGCGCCCUCGUCGACUCGCAGGCCGCCCUAGCCGCGUCCCUGGGCAACGCCGGCGUCACGGGGCGCAGGCAAGUUGGGUACAUCACGGGCGAACUGGACUGAGAGAGGUGAUGGUUUUCGGCUUUUUUGGAGAUUGCUUACCGUUCCCCAUUUGUUCUUGUUUUGUUUUUCUGCUUAUUUUUUUUCGAUCUCACCCGCGGAGUUUCCAAACUCGGUGAUGACGUUCCCUGUCUUGGGUGUUUUAUCGGGUCUUUCUUCCCCUCCUGCUCAGCGCUGCUUUAACAAGGCAUACACAGUCUGCAGCAGUCUGUAACUCGCACACGUUUAAUGAUACCAUGUGUUAUAGCAUCUUUGUCCUCAUAGGAACUGAUGACAGUGGUGUAUUUUUUUUGG